ACAUGAGACAGGCAUAAAUAGUCCAUCUGGCAGCAGCAGUGGCAAUGCGUCGAAGAGAAUAGCCAUCUGGAUUCCAGGUUGAUGUUAAACAAAGUUUGAUUUAUGCUUGAAUAUCCCCUUCCUGUGAGCAUCUAUCAAGAAACGUUAUCAAAGCAGAAAAAUGAUGGAAGAGUCACUCACACCUAUUGCGAAUGGCCAUGACAAGGAUGCAGAAGAAGAUGAUGAGGAUUAUGAAGAUGACAUAUUUGACAUCAGAGAUUUGCACAUGUCCACAAAGCCUCUGAUGUCCCGCAGGCAACGCCAGCCGAAACAUGCUUCUGAAUUACUAAGAACGAAAACAAUUCCGCGGAAUCGAUGUUGCCAAAAUGUAUGCAUGCCUGUUUUCUACUUGGUGCUUAUUCUGGUGGCAGCUACUGGAAUGGCAAUGCUGGGGCUGUUCUUCUUUCAGGCAUUCACAAGCAAGGCCCAUGCAAAAAUGUUGGAUGGUUCAGAAAAGUUGAUUGGAGGGAUUAUUGGAAAACCAUGCUCAACAUAUGGAGAGAAGAUCGUGGGAUGUACGCAGUUCAGUGUAGAGGACGUGUGGGUGCAGAAUUACCCUAAGCUGCUAACUGAGAGUGCUAUUAGACUGUUGGACAUUAACCAAGAUGGAGUCCCUGAUGCCGUGAUAGGGUUUGCUACAGGUGCUGACGGCUACAACAUCCCUCCAAUCGUGUGUGAUCUAUACUUUGAUGGCAAACAUCCAUGCUUUGGUGGACUGUUGGCGCUUGAUGGACGCACUGGCACUGAACUGUGGAGGCAUUAUUCUGACCACGAGGUCUAUGCACUUAAUUGCAAUGCUGAUCUAGACCAGGAUGGGAUUAAUGACUGCCUUGCAGCAGGCAGAGCUGGGGUGUUUCAAGCUGUGAGUGGGCGGGACGGUCACUUGCUCUGGAACUUUGGGCCGCAGGAAGCCCGGAACGACAUCAUGAACCUCUACACCCCACAAGUGAUACUAGACCUGAACAGAGAUGGUGUGCCAGACAUACUUGCUGCUCAUGGUGGUGACCCACUUGCUGAUCCUGGCAGUGAGUUCCGGUUGUCAGGAAGGAUCAUCUUCUUCAGUGGGAAGGAUGGGGAAGUUUUGAAAUGGACAGGGAUUCCUGAUCAAAGGGAGACCUAUUACUCACCUCAGGUGUUAACUAGAGCUGAUGGCACUCAAGGUGUGCUAUUUGGAACUGGUGGCGAAACACAUGGUGGCGCCCUUUGGUACAUUUCUCUUCAUGAUCUCUUCAAUGGUAAUAUAGAAAAGGCUCUGAAACUAACGACUGAUGCGUACAAGGGCUUCAUGACACCAGCUGUAAUCGUAGAUGUUAAUGACGAUGGUGUGGCCGACAUAGUUGUGGCAGCAUUCAACUCCAGUGUUCAAGCGAUCGAUGGCGAUACUUUCAAGAUACUGUGGAACUUCACUAUUCCCCAGUCGGAAUCAUACAGCACACCAGCAGUUGGAUACUUCAAUAAAGACAGUACACCUGACUUCAUGGUGAAGUAUGCAGAAGGACCUGGUUUCCCAAUCUAUUAUCAAUCACGAACAACAGUGCUGGAUGGGUUGACAGGAAUGCCACUACUGUCACCAUAUAUAACAGAUACCGUAGGAUCUCAAAACUCACCGCUUACCAUCUCCAUUGAGGGGCAUGGCAACGAUAUAUUUCUCUACUGGCUGGCUGACUGCAAAGGCUAUGAGGGCAAAGGAGGAGAGUUUGACUUUGUGGAAGGAACGAAUGUACAUGAGCAGAGCCGGUCGAAUUUCUGCAAGCUGCGUUUUAAAACCAAUGGCUUCAGUCAGAUGUUCAUGAUAAAUAGACACUCGGGGACUCCUGGAACCAAGGUGUAUGAUUCAGAGGAGCGGCGAAGCACAGAGUAUAAGGAUGCAGUGAACACCACAGCUAUGGCAAUGAAGUGGCUAGCAGAUCAUCCUGAACACUACCCAGAGUAUCUGCGUUAUAGCAAAAGGGGCAAGAAGGUGCAAGAAAAGGCAAACAAGCAUAUUAAUCCCACACCAUUUAAUACACAGUAUCAGGACUAUGAUUAUAUAGAUGGUUAUCAAGCACCAGCACACAGACAGUCAUGGGGUGACAUAGGAUAUGACUCGUAUGGAAGCAGGAAGCACGGGCGCCAGAAACGACAUAUUGGUGCUCAUGACGAGGAAGGCAUACAGCGGCUGCUGUCAACCGGUACACUAGCACCUCCGCUGCCUGGUUCUGAUAUGAACCACAGCAUUGAUGUUAUUUUUGCUGUGUACUGGUUCUUUCCUGCCAAGACUCAGGCCAUACUCCCUGGUGACCGUGACUGCAUACUAAAGAGGCUUGGCGGAGAGAAAGAGCGGUUUGACCCACAGAGCACUUAUUAUGGAAUGGACCACGAUGCCUAUGAAGCUGCUAUCACCAAAGAGUGUGUGACAGUGGGAGAUGAUGAUUCUGGUACGUUUGAGUCACAGACCGAGUACAAUCCAUACAAUGUGCACAUGGGGCAGAUGACAGUGUAUAGACUGCGUCUGAGCUGCAGGUGCAAACCGGAGGUGGACCCAGACAAACAUAAACACUGCAGUAAGAUGCUGCCACUUGAGAAGCAGGCUUGGGCUGCCUACAUGGGCACAUUUGGCACUAGUUAUUACAACGUAUUGAGGGAUCAAUGAUAGCGUAAAUGCGUUUGCGUGUGUACGUGUGUGUUCCGGAUGAUAAGAAGCAGUUCCAUGAUGCUUAGUUAGCAACAGUGCGGAUUCAAAUGCCUUGAUGAUAUACUGUACAUCUAGUCUUUGAGUUUAUAGUUUCUAUAGUAGUUGUUAGUUCAGACAUUCUGAAUGAAGAAAUAUGGCCUGCAUGAAUUUCAAGUAAAUUGUAUAGCUGUUUGAGUCACUAGUCAAUCGAUGAGUCUUGACCAAAAUUAGUUUGUGCAGUAUUACAUCGUGGAGACUGAUUGCGUUGGAAAAUACUUACAAAGGAAUAUUCAUUCUUAUAUUAUUUAUCUGAGAAGCGUCUCUGUGAUUGAAACAAGUCAAUGGUUGUUUGAUGUAGGAGGUUAACAGUGUAGAUAGGGACGAAUUGUUAAUCACAUGCCAUAAACAAGGCUAAUUUGGGGGUGGAACAGUAUUAAUGGUACUUUGGGGUAGUGCUUACCUAGUUGAUUAUAUUUCUUGCUACACAAGGAGAAACGUGGUUUAUUGGUGCAAGAAUGGUUUGAAAUGGCUCAAUGUACGGACGUCUGCUAGCUGCAAUAAGUAGAGUCGUGACUAAUCAUCCUAUCAUUUUAACACACCAAUUAAGUGAAAUUGAAAUAGCGGUUCAUGCAGUCAUCUGCUCAUGUAUACGGGAACCUAUGAUAACCAUUUCAUUUUCAAGUAGGUUCUCAACAAGAUAAUGACCACCUUUCUCUAUGUUCGUUGCUGGUACGAUGUAUGGGGUCCUAGAAACGCGUUGUGAAGACAGGAGCUCAAUGCGUAGACUUUAGUCGUGCAAAUUACAUUAUUACACACCGUGGUGUCGGUUAUUAAAUCCUUUCUAACCCAUAAACCUCAUAACUCUGUGUUAAUUUAGCUCUCGUCAACUCGGUGUUACUUUAGUUGUCAACUGUAGAUAUAAUUAUAGUGUUUUCCUACAACCCUAGAUGCAAACCAAACAAAGAUGUGCCCUAUAUACUUCUCCAACCAGGGUAUAUAACCCUCUGGCCUUGUUGCCUCUUAUGAAUCUCUGUUAGAAACAUAUCGUCAGUGUUAUGUAUAACUUGCAUGCUUUUACAGGUUUUAUUUAUUUUUUAUUUUUUUGUGGGAUAUAGGCCGUGAUUCAAUUUUUAUGCAGAUUUCGUUCUGUUUCCAUUUUAAUUGAUACAGUAAUAUAUUAAUUUGUCAUAGCGGGCAUACGUUUGAGAUGUACUCAAAAAAAUGAUUGCAGGGCAUAUAGGCAUCCCCUGUCGCAUGCUACUGUCAUAAACCCUGUACGCGCUGAAGGAAUGUGGGUGUCACUGGAGCGCGAUUGGGAAGUAGAAGCGUGGCAGUGAUAUGGGUCUGAAUUUUAUGAAUGAAUCUCUCUUACACGGGUUCAGUCGGCCGUGUGUUAAAAUCUAGUAAAGUCCAUGUCUUUGAAUAUGAAAUGUAUAUUUACUCUGAGGCCUUUCCUGUCCGCCCGAAAUAUUUUAUUUAUGUACUUAUUUAUAUUAUUUAUUUGUUUGCAGUUUGUAUGUGUAUGAAUUAUAAUCAUAAAUGCAUUCGAUUCCGUAAAAAAACUGAUCACACGAUAGCGAAGUUAAUAUUCACUGAUUGUUGCCUUGUAUGUUUGAGCAAGGUGCGUGAAACGUUCUGUCGAUUUAAAUGAACAUAUAUUUUAUGUAUAUAAAUAUACAAAGCCAAGAUAUGCUUGUCAUUAUUUUGCUAAAUAAUAUUUUUACAAAGUCUGGUUCACGGAAAGUAAUUUUCCUGUUUAUUUAUGUAUUGCCCCCUAACUUGUGUUUCCAUGGACGCGUGUCAUGUGUGACGUCUUUUAACCUUGAACUUUUUACUUUGAUUAUUGAAUAUACUUUGACUUACAUUACUUACUCAUGUAGAUACAUGAAGUAGGCUAUGUACCGGCUGCAAAACACCAACUUGUACUUAAUUAUAGUUUACUUAACUUGUCACCUUUGCAGCUUUUGCUUUACCAGUAAUGAUUUUUUGAUGAUUAAUUGAAGUAAUCAGCGUAUCCUGGGUUAGGUUAUUUCAUUACUCACGCACCCUCUCAGGCAUGCCAACAUGCAAUCAAUAAUUAAUAACUGUUAUCAGUUUUUGAUAUGAUAUAAUAGGUAGAUAGCAGCCAUUAAGUUUUCUGAUCACCAGAAACGAUUAACCAUAAUAAUGAAGAGGCUAGUUGGUUAUAUAAUUAUUCACAGAAUGUCAUGUGUACAUUUUCAUCCAGUAAUAUAAUGAUAGUAUAGAAGGCUCACCCCGUUAUAGAAUAACGCCCAGUCUUAGCUCAGAAUAUAGCCCUCGUUGCCACUGCCAAUUGCAGAAUAUAUGUAUAUAUAUAUAUAUGUAUAUAUAUAUACAUACAUAUAUCUAAUUUGGUAGAGCCUUUAUUCUCAUUCUCCCGAAAA